AGCUGCGCAAAACCGAUAUCUGCGUGUAUCAUGAGGACGAAAUCAUAGCAGUUAUUCAACCGGAAAAGACAACACCUUGCGAACUGGAUAGCGUCAUUAUUCACUUUCGAGAACGGUCUCUGGGGAAAGCAUAUAGCGCAAGCACCAGGCCAUGCAUGUUUUGAAGCGCUGCAAGUAUUACUGGAAUCUAUGUCCCUGGAAUACAUUGAACUGCGAGACUGUCUCGGCCGGACGGCGCUUUCAUACGCCGCCGAACUCCAAAGCAUCCAAUACACGAAACUCUUGCUGGACUACGGAGCCGAUCCUAACUCAAAAGACAUAGGUGGUCGCACUCCAUUUUCAUGGCAGCGACACCUGGACUGGUAUAUGGCCGGGUCAUAGGGCCGCGAAAGAUAUUCCCGAGGUUAGCAUCGGCUAAUAUCGACGUGAUCGCUUGUCUGCUGGUAAAUGGUGCGGAGAUCAACUCUGAGGAUUAUGAGAAGCGCACUCCAUUGAUAUGGGCCAUGACGCAUAUUUUCACCGACACUACACAAACGUUGAGUGGACAGGAUGCACAGAAAAAGAUAGUAAAAGCAUUACUGCUCAACGAGAGGAUUGAUGUGAAUUGUCAAGAUAGCAAUGGUCAGACACCAUUGAUUCUGACAGCGAAGAGCGAGAAUUAUUAUCUCAUGGAGCUUCUUAUUGAUCAAUAGGCCGACACUACCAAGCGAGACCCGGAUGGUUGCACGUGCUUCUGGCGACUCCUAGAGGCACGAAGGCGAUCGGGGACUGGGGGAGGCCACGCAUCCAGGGAUCGUGUUUAUUUAUUGACUGAAAAGGCAGGCGGACAUUCGGUCUGCUGGGAUAAAGAUACUCGUACCUUGCUAUCAUGGGCUGUGGAAUUUCAGGAUGCAAACAUAGUCGAAGCGCUUCUGAAUGAAGGCGUGGAUCCAGAAAUACCCGACCAAAGCCCCUCGGAUUCUUUCAGUAAAACUCCAUUACUGCGAGAAUUGGAAAGCGGCAAUGACCAUAUAGUGUACUUUUCGUGCCCCAUUCAAGAUCUCUAGACUCUGGCGAAAUAUAUCACGAUCAGCAAAGAGACAAGACCACUUUGCAUCUCCUAAUCCAAAUGCGCGACCUGAUA